UUUUGCCAUUCUCUCCAUGACUCAACCCAUAUCCCAGAAAAAGGAGAAAAAAUAUAUAAAUCAUUUCCAAAAGCCUUUGCCUUUGUGUCGAAGUUGUUCCCAUUCUAACAAUUCCUCUUCUUCCCAUCAAAGAUAAAAAAUUCCCUCUUUCUGGGUCUCUCAAAUCUCCCACACACAUACCCAAAAUUUUGCUUCUUCUUUCCUAUCAAACCAAACAGAAUAGUAUCUCCCAAAAGAAAAAGAAAAGAAAAGAAACCCACAAAAUCUUUCUUUUGUUAAUUAUUUUAUGAUUCCUGCUUUUAUCAAGAUUUCGAUUCUUAUCAAGAAUUGGACUCCACUCUUUCUCUCUCUACUUCUUCUUCUGUUAUCAGCAACAACAACAGCCAUGAAGGUUCAUCCAAUGCCCAAGAAGCGAAACAUCACGAUCCAAUACGACAUGAGCUCCUCCUCGAGAAACCCACAAGAUUCCUUUCUGGGUCUGGCCCACAAGAAGCUCCGCCGCCUCCCCCACAUCUUCAGCCGCGUUCUGGAGCUGCCGUUUCGCUCCGACGCCGACGUUUCGGUCGAGGAGAGCGCCGAUUUCUUCCGAUUCGUCGCCGAGACAGACGGCGUCGGCGGAGAGGUGAGGGCCCACACCGUCGAAAUCCACCCGGGGGUGACCAAGAUCGUCGUCAGGGAGAGUGGGUCCCACUGCGAAUUGACCCUCGACGAGCUCGAGCUCGACGUCUGGAGGUUCCGCCUGCCGGAGACCACGAGGCCGGAGCUCGCCAGCGCGGUCCUCGUCGACGGCGAGCUGAUCGUGACGGUGCCCAAAGGCGGCGACGGCGAUGGUGGCUCCGGAGACGCCGGAGAGGUUUGGGGCGAUGGCAAGAAUGGGGGUUUCGGAGGAGGUAAUGUGGGAGGUAGGCUUGUGCUUGUACAGUAAUAUUUUCAAAAUUUUAGCUCUUGUUGUUCUAAGGUUUGAACUUAGAUGAUGAUGAUGAUGGUAUGGAAAUUGUGAAACUAGUCGUUGUAUGCCUCUUUUUGUUCAAUGAAUGAAUCAAUCAAGAAUUAUCUUUUUUUUGCCCUUAA